AUGAGCAUUGUACAUAGUACUUGGCCAGUCAUCUUGAUUAAUUACAACUUGCCUCCAUGGUUGCUCUCCAAGUCUGAGUUUUUAAUGUUAGCAUUACUUAUUCCCGGCCCUUUAUCCCCCGACAAUGAUAUUGACAUCUAUCUACAACCACUAAUCAAAGAUCUAAAAGAUUUGUGGGAGUUUGGGUUGGAAACAUAUGAUGCUUCGACAAAUAAAAGGUUCGACAUGCAUGCAGCUUUGAUGUCUACUGUUUCAGAUUUUCCGGCUUAUGCAAUGCUGUCUGGUUGGAGCACUAAAGGUAGAAAAGCAUGUCCUUGCUGCCAUUAUGACACACAAUCACGAUGGUUGGACUAUAGCCGUAAAUUUUCCUACCGGGAAACUCGUAUAUUUCUAGAUCCAGCCCACCCUUGGCGCCAUGAUAAGAGAAAUUUCAACGGUGAAAUCGAGGAGAGAACUGCACCUCUUCGAUUGAAAGGAACUGAAAUUGAGGAGCUACUUCGAGACUUUCCAAAUGAAUUUGGAAAGAAGCUAAAGAAAAAGCCAGAUGAAGAAGUUCUGUGGAGGAAGUUGCCAAUACUUUUUAACUUGCCUUAUUGGAAGCAUUGCACUAACCGCCAUAAUCUUGAUGUUAUGCAUAUAGAAAAGAAUAUAUUUGAUAACAUCAUCGGAACAUUGUUAGACAUUCCUUUGAAGACCAAGGAUCAUGUGAGUGCUCGUCGAGAUUUGAAAGUUCUUAAAAUUAUGCCGGAGCUUCAACCUAUUGGAGAAGGCGAUGAUGAAGAAAUUCCGAGAUCGCGAUUCUGGUUGACAUUAGAAAAGAAGCGCAUAUGGAAUAAAGCUAUUAACCCUCGAGUUCUUGAUAAUCUCCAUAAUGAGAUAGUUGAAUCUCUUUGUCAACUGGAAACAAUUUUCCCUCCUUCAUUUUUUAAUGUGAUGGUCCAUUUACCUGUUCAUUUGGUGGAAGAAAUUAGGUUGGGUGGUCCAGUUUGUAGCAGGUGCAUGUACUCAAUUGAGAGGUAUCUCCAUGAGUUAAAGGAUGAUGUUCAAAACAAAGCUUACCCCGAGGGUUCAAUGGCAGAAGCAUAUUGGGCCAAAGAAUGUCUUAGAUUUUGUGAUAGAUACAUAAAUCAAUCAAACACUCCUUCAAAUAUUGUGAAGCCUAGUAUCUCCCAACCAUUCUUUCCUAAUAUUGGUCGACCUACUAGGGGAAAGGGAAGGACCACAAAGAAGAACCAAGAUGGGUUUAUGAUUGAUCAUGCUACUUGGGUUCAAGCGCAUCAAUAUGUCUUAUUCAAUUCAAGUUGUGAGGAAAUUGAGGAAUACAUCAGUGAUCACAUGACAUCUACAAGUUCUCACCGGAAAAGAACAUGGAAUAGUGCUCAAAAUCAUAGGAAGAAAUUCAUGGAUUGGUUUAAGGAGAAAGUUACUUAUAGGCUUGAACAGGGUGAUGUAGUAUCUGACCAUGUUAAAUGGUUAUCAAAAGGGCCUUCGUUUGUCGCAAAAAGGUACACCGGGUACUCUGUUAAUGGCUAUCACUUCCACACCAUGAAGCGCGAUGCAAAUUCUGUAUCUCAAACCAUGGAGUUACUUUAA